UACAUAUCACUCUGACGUCACUCACAUUAUUUUUGGCCACGCCUUACGUUGUUAUCCUAUCUAGUCACAACCGUUAACUGCUUGGAAAGAUUUUGACAGAAAUUCACCAUGCCUCUUCGAACAGCUGUCCGUUAUCUUAGUGCGCCAAUAAGAGAUAUUUUGAGACCCUCAACUACCACCUCCAACCGGGGCUGUGCAGCUAUCGCGGAGGCUAGAUCGGUGCUGGAGCAUGAACUUGAAACGAUCCGAACUGGUGGAACGUGGAAAGGAGAAAGAGUAAUCACGUCCAAGCAGGGUCCUCAUAUCAACGUGGAUGGCAGUCGUGGCGAUAUAUUGAAUUUCUGCGCAAACAACUAUCUGGGCCUCUCCAGCCAUCCCCAGGUAGUGGAGGCAGGGAUAGAGGCCUUGAAGAAGUAUGGUGCUGGGCUGAGCUCAGUGAGAUUCAUCUGUGGCACACAGGAUAUUCACAAAGAUCUGGAGCAGAAGCUGGCUCAGUUCCAUGAGCGUGAGGACUGCAUCCUAUAUGCCAGCUGUUUUGACGCCAACGCAGGGCUAUUUGAGGUUCUGUUGGGCCCUGACGAUGCAGUUCUUUCUGAUGAGCUGAAUCAUGCCUCUAUUAUUGAUGGGAUCAGAUUGUGUCGGGCCAAGAGGUUCAGAUACAAACACAUGGACCUGAAUGACUUGGAGACCCAGCUGAAAGAGUCCCAGUCAUCUCGUCUACGCCUCGUUGUCACGGAUGGUGUGUUCUCCAUGGAUGGUGACAUGGCUCCAUUGAAGGGGAUCUGUGACCUGGCAGAGCAGUAUGGAGCCAUGGUCUUCAUUGACGAAUGCCAUGCUACAGGCUUCAUGGGCCCACGAGGCAGAGGCACAGAUGAGCUCCUGGGAGUGAUGGACAGGGUUCACAUUGUCAACUCUACUUUGGGAAAAGCACUGGGAGGUGCAGCUGGUGGGUACACAGUGGGUCCUAAACCUCUGAUUGACCUGCUGAGGCAGCGCUCUCGUCCGUACCUCUUCUCCAACUCCCUACCCCCUCCCGUCGUGGGCUGCGCUACCCGGGCUGUCGAGCUGCUCCUCACUUCCAAUGAGAUUGCUCAGAGUGUCGGGGACAAAACCAUGAGGUUCAGAAACAAAAUGACCGAUGCUGGGUUCACCAUCUCGGGCUCUGACCACCCUAUCUGUCCUGUGAUGCUGGGGGAUGCCAGACUAGCCUCUCUGAUGGCUGAUGACAUGCUGAAACUAGGAGUGUAUGUGAUCGGGUUCUCCUACCCAGUGGUACCAAAGGGCAAAGCCAGAAUCCGGGUCCAGAUUUCAGCGGCCCACACUGACCAGGACAUUGACCGCGCUGUGGAUGCUUUCAUACAGACAGGCAGGAAGCAUGGAGUUGUGUCUUAAAUAGAAGAACUUGCAGAUCAUUUUGCUGCCAAUAAGCAAGUUAAAAAGACAAGCAGCUUACAGAGUUUGGACUGUGGUUACAGGUUACACAGGAGGCCUAUGAAUGACAGUGCGACAAAGAUCAUUUGUUACAUACAGGGUAAUGUAAUACAGAUGAAGCUCAAUUGUGGUCAAUGCUAUUUGUGUUGCUUUUGUGUUGCAUUUGAAUGAAAUAAAAUACUUUUAACAAAACGUUGGUAUUUUCCAAUGGAGCUAGCUAGAUAUGGUUGUAAUACUGGGUAAGCUAAAAUAUAUUUUAAAGUCUUGUUUUUAUUUAGAGCAAUAAACGUGUGCUUGCAUCAACAGUAACUUUGUAAACACAA